CAGUGCACCACGAUUACAUGUUGCUAGGAUUUUUUCCAAGCAGCUGUUAUGUCACGUCAUUUUCGCACGCACACCACCUCGCGUCUCACCUUCCCCUCUUCCUCCGGUGGACUCGCAAUCACUCGCUUGCCAUUCUCCAGCACCAGCAGCAAGCUUCUUCUUCAGCAACUCAGCAGCACUUCACCUGCUGCUGCUGCGACCGCCGUGACCAUCACCACCUCGUCGCCGGCGAGAAACCUGCAGAGGGCGAGGGCGAGUGCGGCGGAGCAGGGGAUGGAGGAGCAUGGCAAGGCGGCUGUCGGCUGGGCGGCCAGGGACGACUCCGGCGUCCUCUCCCCGUACAACUUCUCCAGGAGGGCUCAGAAGGACGAUGACGUCACCAUCAAGGUGCUCUACUGCGGCAUCUGCCACACUGACCUGCACAUCGUCAAGAAUGAUUGGGGCAACGCCAUGUACCCCGUCGUCCCCGGCCACGAGAUCGUCGGCGUCGUCACCGGCGUCGGCGCCGGCGUGACCAAGUUCAAGGCCGGCGACACGGUGGGCGUGGGCUACUUCGUCGCGUCGUGCCGCGGCUGCGAGUGCUGCGGGAAUGGGUACGAGAACUACUGCGCCAAGAUGGUAACCACCUGCAACGGCGUCGACCACGACCACGGCGGCGGCGCGGCCACCCAGGGCGGCUUCUCCGACGCCAUCGUCGUCAACGAGCACUACGUGCUCCGCGUGCCGGCGGGGCUGCCGCUGGACAGCGCGGCGCCGCUGCUGUGCGCCGGCGUGACGGUGUACAGCCCGAUGGUGAUCCACGGCCUGAACGCGCCGGGGAAGCACGUCGGCGUCGUCGGCCUCGGCGGGCUCGGCCACGUCGCCGUCAAGUUCGCCAAGGCGUUCGGGAUGCGCGUCACCGUCAUCAGCACGUCGCCGGGGAAGCGGCAGGAGGCACUGGAGCACCUCGGCGCCGACGAGUUCCUCGUCAGCCGCGACGCGGGCCAGAUGGCGGCGGCGGCGGCCACCAUGGACGGGAUCCUCAACACGGUGUCGGCCUGGCACCCGAUCGCGCCGCUGUUCUCGCUGAUGAAGCCGAUGGCGCAGAUGGUGUUCGUCGGCGGGCCGACCAGGCCGCUGGAGCUGCCGGCGUACGCCAUCGUGCCCGGAGGGAAGGGCAUCACCGGCAACUGCGUCGGCGGCAUCAGGGACUGCCAGGCCAUGCUCGACUUCGCCGGCGAGCACGGCAUCACUGCCGAGGUGGAGGUCAUCAAGAUGGACUACGUCAACACGGCGAUGGAGCGGCUGGAGAAGAACGAUGUCCGCUACCGCUUCGUCAUCGACGUUGCCGGCAGCAGCCUCGCCGGCUCCGGCGACGCCAAGAUAUAAAGCUCGCCGGCUUGCUUGCUUGCUUGUGUCGACGGCGCCGGCGCCGCCUAGCUUGCUUGUUGUGUGUCAGUGGCCUUGAAUGUUUGGUGAUGUGCAAACUACUACGAAAUGGAGUAAGAAAUAAGUGGAGCAUAUGUCUCCAUCACUUGGUUAUUAAUUAGUCGAGCUAAUUAAUUGUACAUAUUGAGAAAUGAUGAUAGGCCACAUUGUUUAAGUCUAAGGUCUAUUUGGGAAUUGGGAUAGCUUGAGAUUCUGAGAAGCAGCUAUUUGGUAGCUAGCUUAUCAGAAUCUGGAAAAGCUAGGUUUCCCAGCUUCUGGUUUAUAGUUCAUUUCAUGGAUUCUACAACUAUAGCUUCUUAUAAUCUGGAUCAAAAGCUGAA